AUGAUAGAUUUUUAUCCCUAGAACAAAUUGAGGAUUGAUUUUUCUUGACAAUAUCACUUCUUCACAAAGCUUAUAUAUUUGAUUUAGACGAAAGCUGAGACUCUGAGAGAGAGAGAGAGAGAGAGAAUGGCGAUGGAGUCGGAUAAUGGAGCUUUCAUGGAGAAAUUCAUACUAGAAGCAAGCUCUUCUUCACCUCAUGAACUUGCCUUAAAAGGACUCACCUUUGCCGUUAAAGACAUAUUUGAUUUGGAUGGAUAUGUUACUGGGUUUGGAAAUCCCGAUUGGGCACGGACCCAUUCGGCUGCCACGUCAACAGCUCCAGCAGUUUUGGCUGUGUUGAGGGAAGGUGCUACAUGUAUAGGUAAAACUGUCAUGGAUGAAAUGGCAUACAGUAUAAAUGGAGAAAACAAACAUUAUGGGACACCCAAAAAUCCAUGUGCACCAGAUCUGGUGCCUGGAGGAUCUUCUAGUGGAUCUGCUGUUGCAGUUGCUGCAAUGCUUGUAGAUUUCUCCUUAGGUACUGACACUGGAGGAAGUGUAAGAGUUCCUGCAUCAUUUUGUGGGAUUUUGGGGUUCCGGCCUUCUCAUGGUGUUGUUUCAACCACUGGGGUCAUUCCUAUGGCACAGAGUUUCGACACUGUCGGAUGGUUUGCUAGGGAUGCAGAGAUCUUGAACCGA